UAACUGACUGUUAGCGCUUUAUAACUUCAGACUGCUGUGUGUCAUUUCUGCUUGUUCGUGUUUGUACGGAACGCGUUAGUUUUUACAUUUUAGAAGAGAAACUUAGCAUUUGGUCUGCUAGCAAACAAGUUCUUUUCCCUGUAACGCUGUGCAUCUUCGCUAAUGUAAUGCUGACGGUGUGUUAAGGAGAGAAAUAACUGAUGGCAGGCAGUGAGACGGAUUUCUGGAUGAUGACAGAAACAAUGCACGAUAAUCUUCACACAGACUCGAGUUUACCUCUCCAACAACUUGUUAGUCAUCUGCAAGGUCUCAGCACAGCCCGUGAACACACAAGAGCAGCUUUGAGGCACACGGCGCCUGAGAAGUUCUACAUCGAGGCGUGUGACGAUGGCGCUAACGAAGUCCUCGCUAUUGACCGGGUGUCUACGGAGAUGACGCUGAUAGGGAUGAAGGACAUCCCUCCUUCAGCAGUGACCCGGCCGAUAUGCGGCAUCAUGGGAACGAUACGGCUGGUAGCAGGGACGUACCUCAUCGUCAUCACCAAGAAGAGGAAGGUGGGGGAUCUGCUGGGACACGCCGUGUGGAAGGCCGUGGAGUUCGACGUGAUCUCCUAUAAGAAGACGGUGCUGCACCUCACAGACACGCAGAUGCAGGACAACAAAGCCUUCCUCGCUAUGAUCAACAACGUCCUGAACACAGACGGAUUUUACUUCGCCACCGACUACGACCUCACACACACCCUGCAGCGCCUCGCCAACACCAGCCCCGAGUUUCAGGAGAUGAGUCUGCUGGAGAGGGCGGAUCAGAGGUUUGUGUGGAACGGCUACUUGCUAAGAGACUUCAGCACACAGCCUGAGCUGCACAGGUUCGCCUGUCCUGUGAUCCACGGCUUCAUCGCUAUGAAGUCCUGCUGCAUCAACGGGAAGAUCUUCGACUGGAACCUCAUCUCCAGGAGGAGCUGCUUCCGCGCCGGCGUUCGCUACUACGUCCGAGGGAUCGACUCCGAGGGUCACGCCGCAAACUUUGUCGAGACGGAGCAGAUCGUUCAGUACAGCGGCGCCAAGGCCUCGUUCGUACAGACCCGUGGCUCCAUUCCGUUCUUCUGGUCCCAGCGUCCAAACCUCAAGUACAAACCCAAACCGCAGAUCAGCAAGAGUGGCAAUCACCUGGAUGGUUUUCAGAGACAUUUCGACUCGCAGAUCAUAACCUACGGCCGACAAGUCAUUUUAAACCUGAUUAAUCAGAAAGGUUCUGAGAAACCUCUCGAGCUCGCCUUCGCCAAGAUGGUGGAGAGUCUCGGCAACGGCAUGAUCAAGUACGUGGCCUUUGACUUUCAUAAGGAGUGCAGUAGGAUGAGGUGGCAUCGCCUGCAGAUCCUGGUGGACACCGUGGCCGAGCAGCAGGCCGAGUUCGGCUUCUUCCUGGUGGACUCGGCCGGAACGGUCCAGAUGCAGCAGGAGGGGACGUUCCGUAGCAACUGUAUGGAUUGUCUGGACCGGACCAACGUGGUGCAGAGCCUCCUGGCCAGACGAUCGCUUCAGGCUCAGCUGCAGAGAAUGGGUGUCCUGCAUGUUGGACAGAGAAUCGAGGAUCAGGCUGAUUUUGAGAAGAUCUACAAGAACAUGUGGGCCGACAAUGCUAAUGCGUGUGCUAAGCAGUACGCUGGUACGGGAGCGCUGAAGACAGACUUCACACGGACAGGGAAGAGGACGCAGUGGGGGUUGGUGAUGGACGGCUGGAACUCGAUGAUCAGAUAUUACAAGAACAACUUCUCAGAUGGAUUCAGACAGGACUCCAUCGAUCUGUUUUUAGGAAACUACGCCGUGGAUGAAGCGGACAUGAGCACUACUCUCCAUGAAGCCAAAGAUUGGAAGUUCCUCACGCUGCCAAUCAUCAUGGUGGUGGCGUUCUCCAUGUGUAUUAUCUGCCUCCUCAUGGCCGGUGAGACGUGGACGGAGACAUUAGCGUACGUGCUGUUCUGGGGCAUGGCGAGCGUGGUCACGGCCGGCGUGAUCCUCUUCAACGGCCGAGAUUUCGUUGACGCGCCCAGGCUGGUCCAGAAGGAGAAGAUGGACUGAGAGUGCGUGUGUGGAAAGCAGCUGGGUCCCGUCGACUCUUCAUCCUCAUCCUCAUCCUCAGCCCCGUCUUCGUCCUCGGGACUUUCCUUCUCUCGUCUGCGCCGUGACUGGAGCCUGUACUGAACGUUGUCAUCAUCGCCCAUACUGUCACGAUGGAAGAGGCACGGAGGAGGAGGAGGAGGAGGAGGAGAAGAGCAGGGGCCAGGCGGGGCCAAACAGGUGGGCGUCGGCAAGACUGACUUGAAACCACGCCCACACGCUGCUCUCCACACUGCAGUCUCAUCUCAGAGGAACAGCCCGGACUGAAGAAGGCGCUGUUCAUCAGCUCAGAGCUACACUGGAGAAACCACAUCUUUGUGACCCUUCGACAUCACACACACCAUAAUGUAGCUUGUAUUUUAGUAUCAUUUGAAACAGUAUGGAAUUUUUUUUUACUCCUAAAACAAGGUUCCUAGCCCCUUUCUGGCACUCAUACGGCAAAUCCGGCGCGGGCGAUAUGACAAUAUUUGAUCAUUUAUCGUGAUAUAUCUCGGAUAUCGUCUGUAUCGUCUUUUAGACACUAAACCCAUUUGCAUGUGUCGUGAAAGAUCUAGACCGAUCCUAGCUUCUGUAAAGUGUAAGCACUGAAAAGAUAAAUAUUCGACAGCAUCCUGUGUUCCAACAAAAAAGAAACUAAAUCAAUAUUGUGAUGUAUGUAUCGUGUAUCUGGAAAAUGUCCGAAGCGCUACGUGAUUAUUUUUAUUGCCGUAUCGCCCGCCUCUGUGCCAGAAUUCAGUCUGAUAUUGAUAUUCAGAUAUGUUUAUGUUUCAGUUGCCAUGACGAUCUGUUGAUUCAGCUUUACGUUGCCUCUGUCAAACCUUACGUUAAAGGAGCGCUUUCGGCCAAAAGUGAAACGUGCACGUAUGUCCAGAACAAAAGCUCAGACGUGCCAUCCUGCGCUCAAAAAUACGCCAUGUUGUCAUUUUUCCUCACAAUAAAUACAAAAAAACAAACAGAUAAACCGAUCGAUAUGAACGAUUGACAGCCACGAAGGUGUUUUGAAUUCUCGGACGUUAAUUGACCCGCUGGAAGCCACGCCCCUUUCGCUUUCUGCAAUAGCGCGUGGAGAGUGUUUUGAGUUCAUUGGCGUGAAAUAAAAUCAGCGUAUGUUCGACUCGGCUAACGUUAGACGAUUGUUUAACUUUAUUUACUAGGGAUGCACCAGAUUUUGGGGUGGGGGUGGGACAAUCCCAUUGUGGGCAAAAUAUGUUUUUUGGUCAGAAAAGACAAAAGGGUGAAAAUUUUAACUGAAUAAUGAUAUCGUCUUUUUUUUUUUUUUUUUUAAAUUACAUAAACGGUUAUCGAAUCAAACGCGGAUCGCAACUUUAAACUUUGCGACCAUUUAAAAGUGUACAUUUCAUUUUUGGCCUUUAAUGCUUUAAUAAGGAUUUAAUAUCACACGAGUGGCCACUUUCAGAACAAGAAUAUUUCAAGAACAACAUCCUGAACCUCAGCAGCAAGAAGCCGCACACUCCGAUCAGUCGUAUUAGCUGCCUAACUUCUUAAUGAUCUAGCUUGAUAGCUAAUAAAGUUACUUCAGCAGUCUAGAUGUUAUAGUCGGCCGAUCAAGUGUGUGCAUGCAUAUAUAUAUAUAUAAUAUAAAAUUAUUAUUAUUAUUAUUUUUUUUUUUUAAGUUUAUUGCCUUUGUUUUGCCAUGUAAUGCGGGAAAAAUCCCCCCCCCCCCCCCCCAAAAAAAAAAGAAAAAACAAAACAAAACAAAAAACAGGAUUUGGACUGAGCUAGCCACGUGUAGCGGUUUGCUAGCAGUCACGUGUUCAAGCAUUUCUAACCCUAACAAGGUACAGACCUCAAACACCUCAAACAGAGACUGGGAGAUACUAAUGUUUUAAUGUUAUUUAACGUGUGCCGUUUUCUUUUCACCUCAUCUUAUUAUUUUGUUUCCAUUGAACUGUUUUAUGUCGUCCAGCACGAUCAAGACCGAUACAAAAUGUGCCGAUACGAAAUGUUCGCCGUGAUAAAUUGUCUAAAUUCCAUCGCGUUUCGUACAUAAUAUCCCUAUAGUCAUAUAAACAUAUAGCGAUAUGUUUAUAUUGAGGUUUUUUUUUUUUGUUUUUUUUUAAAUUUUAUUAGCACCGACAUUUUUGAAUAUGGCGCAAGUUCAGUUAGCGGUUAAAACAUUUUAUGGUGUAAUUUUAGCCUUAGGAAGUAAUUUCUUAGAAAUUGACCAGCAGAUCUGAGGAAAAUGUUGACGUUCUUGAUAAUUUUGUCUCGUUUCCACGAUCACUGUGCCUUUACAAUGUCCGUAUAAACGACUUUUAAGUGCCGUGUGCUAGCUGGUUAUGGUUUUAGCUUCAGGCAUUAGCCGUAUUUAUUCCCACGACGUUAAUCAGCUGAAAUUUGAGUGUCUUAUGUGUGACUUCGAAUGUUGAAAAUGUUUACGAGUUCCAUGUAAACUGAAAACGUUAUUCAGUAAUCAGAGUGACGAUUUUGUCGACCAUGUUGGUUUUUUGCCCCCCCCCAGAACUCUUCAUAUGUGAACGGAAUUAUACCUAAAGUAAGAGAGCUUUAUCCUGGAGCAGUCUCCUUAUAAACUCUAAACAUAUUAUGCACAUGCCUAGUGACCAGGUUUAUCUGACAUGCCGUGAGUUUCAAGACCUAGUGGACUGGGACCAAGUAAAAAUUCCUCGCCACCGACCUGUGCCACAUUAUUUUAUUUUUUUUGGUGCAUUUUAACUUUGUAAUUCUUUGUAAAUUCCACGUUGAAUGGAUCGCCUGCCUUAAGCCGGUUAAGAAAGACGUGUACGUGAAUACCACCAUCUUGCUUCUGUCUUAUCAGAGAACGUAAAAGCACCAGUGGUUAAUUUUAUUAUGAAAAUGACAGUUGUGUCUCUGUAUUGUACCUCCUUUUUCCAGUAGCUUCUCAGAUCUGAAUUUAUGGACUUCCAGAUCAAUCAGUUGGACAUUUAGAGCCUCGGCCAAAUCCUCCGUUCAGCUAGUUUUGAUGCCAAACCUUCACGCAUCACUUUGUCUAAUGCAUUAUAGAUAUUUAAUUAAAGCUGCACUAGGAUUAAA